UCUCGAUUGAAGGCCAUAAAUUCACACCUUCCAUCUCUACCACUCCCUGAGUAUCAUAAAAGCAACCAUUUUAGGCAGCAUGGUGAUCCACACCACACCAUGAUGACUCACAUUUCCUCCACCCUCCACUACUGGUUAGUCCACCACCCAACCAUCCUCCAUUUCUCAUGGACCCAAGGCCAAACCCUUGGCUCCUCUCCGCUCUUCCUCACCCUCGCCGUCGUCUCCUACCUCUUCUUCACUCUCCUCCUCUACCACCUCCCACUCCCACCCAUCAACCCAACCCUCCUCAAGCCAAUCUCAGCCGUCCAUAACGUCAUCCUCCUCAUCUUCUCCCUCACCAUGUCUCUUGGCUGCACCCUCUCCACCCUCUCCCAUGCGCCCGACCUCCACUGGAUCAUCUGCCUCCCCCCGAAAACCCCGCCCACUGGACCCCUCUUCUUCUGGGCCUACGUGUUCUACCUCUCCAAGAUUGUGGAGUUCCUUGACACCCUCUUGAUCAUCGCUGGAAAGUCAACGCGGAGACGACUCACGUUCCUCCACGUGUACCACCAUGCAGCGGUGGUGAUCAUGUGCUACAUAUGGCUGCAGACGUCGCAGUCCUUGUUCCCGGCGGUGCUCGUUACCAACGCGUCGGUGCAUGUGCUAAUGUACGCCUACUACUUAUCGUGCGCACUUGGGGUGCGUCCCAGGUGGAAGAGGCUGGUGACGGAGUGCCAGAUAUUGCAGUUUAUGUUUAGCUUUGUGGCGUUGGGGAUGAUGCUGCACUACCACUUCACCGGCGGUGGGUGCUCCGGCGUCUGGGGUUGGUGCUUCAACGUGGCCUUCUACUCUUCUCUUCUGGCUCUGUUCCUUGACUUCCACGCCAAGAAUUAUGUCAAGAAUGAAUAUAAACUGACAUAAUGAUGAUGAUGAUGAUGAUGAUGAUUCUUUCGUAUGCCAUGGACAGUCAGGAUUGAUUAAUUAAUUUAUGUAAUGUUGCAUUACUGCUUUCUAUUUAUUUUGUUACUAUCAGCAUUUAAG